AUGAAGUUGCAGCUUGGUGACUCGCGAACGAUGGCAGAAAGGCGCUUCCUGACGUUAGAGAAGAGGUUGGAUAGAGCACCAGAACUAAAGGAGCAGUACAUGGCGUUCCUACGAGAAUACGAGCAGCUUGGCCACAUGAAGCUGAACAACGAUGUAACCGAUGAAGAUCCACACUCGGUAUUCUAUCUCCCUCAUCACUAUGUCUUGAAGCCCAGCAGUACGACAACAAGGCUUCGCGUGGUGUUCGAUGGUUCUGCUGAAUCGAGCACUGGUAUCUCUAUCAAUCAGACGCAGAUGAUCGGACCUACAGUGCAGAAUCACUUGGUUUGCAUCGUAUCGAACUUCAGGGUUUUCAAAUACGGCUUCACUGCGGACGUCCCCAAGAUGUACCGUCAAGUUGGAGUACAUCGAAACGAUAGGCGGUACCAAAAGGUUGUAAAUAGAUACGACAGCAACCACCCGCUCCAAACGUAUGAUUUACAAACGGUAACAUACGGAUUAGCUUCGUCUCCGUUCUUGGCCACGAUGGCGCUUCUUCAACUAGCCAAUGAUGAAGAGCAGCAGUUUCCACGAGCUGCAGCCGCAGUCAGGAAAUCCUUCUAUAUCGACGAUGUACUGACUGGAGCGAACACACUGGAAGAAGCUCUAGAGUUGAAGAAUCAGAUUAUCGGAUUACUGAAGAAGGGUUGCUUCAGUAUGCACAAGUUUUGCUCGAAUUCGGAGGCAUUACUGGAGGAUGUACCGGAAAACAUGCGAGAAAGUGUUAUCAACAUCGAAGACCCAACCAUUAAUGCAGUCAUCAAGACUCUAGGUGUAGCUUGGCAGCCACAGGAAGAUUGCUUCACAUUUGUCGUUCCAGUUGACACUACAGUUGAACCGAAUCGACUCACAAAGAGGUUGAUUCUCAGCCAGAUUGCGAAGAUUUUCGAUCCAUUGGGUUUCGUGGGCCCUGUGGUGACAGCAGCGAAGUUGAUCAUGCGGGAAUUGUGGUCUCUCAACUUGGAUUGGGACGAACCUGUGCCCACUGAAAUGGCGAAUCUUUGGACGGACUUUCGAAACGAGCUGCACUGUCUAAAUGAGUUGAAGAUACCGAGAUGGAUCCUUUCGGAUGAAGCAUGUGCUGUGGAGCUCCACGGGUUUGCAGAUGCAUCGGACUUGGCAUAUGGCGCUUGCCUGUACAGCAGGUUGGUGAAAGGCGAUGGAUCGGCUGAUUUGAAGCUGAUCUGCAGUAAAUCAAGGAUUCUUCCGAGAAAGAAAGGAAAGCAGAAAGAGAUCACCACCCCGCGAGCGGAGCUGUUGGCGGCUCAACUUCUAGCAAGGCUUACAGUGAAACAGUUGGAUGCCCUCGAUGUCCAAUUCGAAUCCGUGGUACUUUGGAGCGAUUCACAGAUAGUAUUGUGCUGGUUGCGCAAAUCACCCGAUUAUCUUGCAGUGUACGUCGGGAACAGAGUCCGAGAAAUCCAACGAUCGACGGAUAAUUUCGCUUGGAAAUACAUCCCUUCCAAGUCGAAUCCAGCUGACACGAUAUCCAGAGGCAUACAACCCAAGAAUUUGAAGGCGCAUGAAUUGUGGUGGAAUGGUCCACCAAACCUUCGAUAUCCUGACGGGCGAUUCGAUGAACCACCACCUAUUGCCGGACCUUCGUAG